GAGAAGCACCAUGCCCGAGCGAGUCACAACUUCAGCUGCCCUCUCUUGCCACGCAGUCCCUUCCAUGGUGGAGGUACGGGUCUUUGGUCUUGCGCGAUGCUGCCGCUUGACAAUGUCGCACUGCCAAUGGGAAGCUGCGAGUCCCAGGACUUGUGGCUCCUUCGAGACACGGCGGUGGUUAUUCACAUUGAAGAUUGA